AUGAGAUGCUCAGGCUUUAUUUCUCGGCUGAGUUGGGGUUUCCGUGGGGCCCCGCAAGGCCUUCCGAAAGCCUUGGCACCCCAGCUGUUCGCACAGGCCCGAUGGCUUCGACCGUUUGAGGUCCGUGGUAGCACCGUGCUUCUCCGCUGGGGGCGCCGCAGCGCAGCUCGUGGAUCCAGCCCUGAGGAUGCCUGGGCCACGGCCAAAGACGUCGCCGAGAAAACGCGACACGCUGCACUGGCAGAGGAAAUCGACGGCCGCCUGGUCUCCGAGUGGCUCGAAGGUCAGGCCACCGACCUAAAGGACUACGAGGCCUUCUUCCGCGCGACGGAGGCGUCCUCGAAGCCCACGGAGCGAAGUUCAGUGCGAGAGUCUUGGUUGCAGCCGCUUUUGGAGCCGCUUUCUGCUCACGGGCGCAAGGAAGCACUCCGAGCACAGGCCGCAGAGGAGGGCGUUCGCAUCUUCGACAUCAAAGAGGGUGAUAGCGCAUCUGAG